UGAGCUGCAGAGUCACUGCAGCCUGGAUGUGGGCCGGCUCGAGCCUGCCGCUGCUCCAAGACUCUUCCAUCUGAUCCCACUGAGGGUCCACCAACCGGACUGGGAACAAAGUUGUGGCUCAUCCACCCUCGCCUCGGUCCGGUCACCCUCCUCUCUCUCUGCUCGAGGUUUUGGCCUCCUGCUCCUCGCUGCAGCCAUGGGGAACCACGGCUCCAGCCUGGACGACAUCCUGUCCGAGGACAUGCACCACUGGUACAACAUGUUCAUGAGAGAGUCUCCGUCGGGCCUCAUUACGCUGUUCGAGCUCAAGGCCAUCCUGAACCUGAAGGGCAUGAACGAGAACGCCAACAGCUACGUGGACCAGGUGUUCUUCACCUUCGACAUGGACGGGGACGGUUACAUCGACUUCGUGGAGUACAUCGCAGCCAUCAGCCUGAUGCUGAAGGGAGAAAUCAACCAGAAACUAAAAUGGUAUUUCAAACUGUUCGACCAGGACGGCAACGGAAAGAUCGACAAGGAGGAGCUGGAGACCAUCUUCUCGGCCAUCCAGGACAUCACACGAAACCGAGACAUCGACCCCGAGGAGAUUGUCUCGCUCAUAUUUGAGAGGAUAGACGUGAACGGCGAAGGUGAGCUGACCCUGGAGGAGUUCAUCGAGGGCGCCAAGGACCAUGAAGACAUCAUGGACACACUGAGGAACCUGAUGGACCUGACGCCUGUCUUAGUGAUCAUCAUUGAAGGCCGGGCGGGAUGAAAAGUCACCAUUUCAACCUCAAAGACUGACUGAAUUCUCCCCUUCACCAUCCUAAAACCAACAAUCAAAUCAUGUCCACGGUGGACUGUGAUUGGUUGUCCGCCCCUCCUCGUCUCCAGGUAUCAAGUUGAAAAAGGAACUCAUUUUCGACGCAUACCUGAAGACUCCACAGACCUGUUGUUUAUCUUACAAAUCACAGAAACCCAUAAAACUUGACUCUGACAGCAGCGAUUUAUAAAGACACCAAACACACGAUUACAUUUCCACAAUCAGACAAACUUAACAGGUUUAGACUACCGAGACAGAUCUUUAACUUGGAGGCUGAUGUUUGGACACUUUCAUGACACAAAACCAACGUUUUGGGGUUUGAACCAGAUACGAUUUCGUCCAAAUAUGCUCAACCAAAGACAAAGUUUUCAUUACAUUUCUAGUGAUGGUUCCAGUUUCCUUAAAAUCUAUUUACUGCGUCCAAAGCACCAAAUAUCGUCGCAGAUUAACAGUAAUUUUUUCACUUUCUCUUUGACCAGGUAGGAUCUGAAACCAAUCAAAAAUUUGCCACUUUUUUCGAAAAUAUGUCUGUGCUACUGUUCGCUUUGCAAAUUUUUGCAUAAAAUUGUGUUGAUAUCUCUAAAUUCCAGCAUCCUAAAUCACUGUAUUUAAACUUUGUAGCACCAGAAAUAAGAAAAAAAUGUAGAAUGUUUAGCAUCUGCCUCUGCAAAAAUCCAACUGACUGAACCAAAUUAAUUUAAAUUCAACGUACUUAUUCUCUGAUAAUAUGGUGCCACAUUCCAUUCAAAAUUUCAUCAAUUCCAUGGUCUAUUUUAUUCAGAUAAAGUUUCUGUACUGCUUGUGAAGUUUAACAGACAAAUCCAACAUUUUGCUUUGUUUAUAUCUGGUAUCAAAUAGUUAGAAUUCUCCGAAGAUCUCUCAUAAAUAUGUGCACAAUGGUGUAGAAAUGCAGAAAAUUCAUGUUGCCGUUGAAAUACACAAAACAUAUCAAUUCAAAGUUGUAAACUAGGUUUUAGAAGGUACCAGAUAUGUCUUCUUAUUCUGUGACUUUGAAAGAACCUAAGUUCAUCCAACAUUUUGCCAUUUUUGGUCUAUUUAUUCAGAUUUCAGCUGCUUGAGUUUAGAUGAAACAAAGCAAACUCAUUUAUUCUCCCCAAACUAGUACAUUGUUAUCGCUUCACCAUUUAAAGAUUAUAAACUGACACCCAGCUCUGAAUGUUCAGCCUGAAUUUCAGAGGAAAUGUGUCCAAAGCAAAGCACAUGAAAAGUUGAAAAUUUUGUUGCAUAAUGGAAUAAUACAGCCAUAAAAAUACAAGAAAUACAUGAAGAAAUUUAAGGCUACUAUUUCAACAGAUUUCUAGAAUGCAAGACGAGGGGAAGGUUGACAAAACAGACUAGAGCUGUCCUCUCAAUACUAUGCACAUUUUAUUUAUAAAUGGUACUUUCUGCUUUUGAAAUGACACCAAAAAUUAGCUCUUGAACUAUUUUCAUCAUCAAUUAACCAGCUGAUUUAUUUAACGACUAGUCUUUUAAUCUAUGUCUGUCACGCCUUCUCAGAGUCCAAGAUGUGUCCUGAAAAUGGUUCAUUUUGGAGAAUUUUCUUCAAUAAUUACUAUUUUCUGGCUACAUUAGUCCACUGGUUGGGAUAUAUUUCAAUAUAUGAAGAGCUGAUAAGAAGCACAGCAGCUGAGCAUCACUAAAACACUUUGAACAUCAGUUUCUUGCAGACGUUAGACACACUGGAAAGGAUUUCUCAGGAGGAGGACUGCUGGGAUUGUCAUGCCGCGAUCUGCUGAUCCUCUUAACACUGUAAAAGGUUCUUCAGCCUGAGCUGUAAAAGAGCAGAUUUACAGGUAGCUUCUCUGCCUCUGGGUUGGUUCAUAUUUAAAGGACGGACUCAGCACGUCGGAGGAACGAGACGCUGACAGAACGCUGCGAACAUUUUAAUAUCAAACAGCAGCUCGAAAACAUGCUGGGCAGCUCAAUGAAAACACUUUCCAUUACUGUCCUCCAGAACAGAGCAGAGAGAUCAUCCUCAACUCUACUACAUCAGCACGUCUGGAAUCAGGCCAAACCAGGCCGAUUCAGGCCGACCCAGGCCAAACCAGGAAGAUUCAGACCAAACCAGGCCGAUUUAGACCAAACCAGGGCACCAGGUCAGGGCAAAGUGUUAUCUAAUUGAAGACUAGUUUCAAAAAUAAAAGCCUUCAAAUCGUAUUAACUGAGACAUAACGUCCAAACAGACGAUCAUUUACAUUUUUUUUACUGAUUUCUAGAGCGAUUCUUUUCGAAUGGGAGUCAAUAAGAGGCAGAACAGAGUAGUCACUGGUGGAACGGCACUUCAACAGACAAGACAUUAAAACUAUAGAAACAGAAAGAAAUCCAAUAGAUCAAUCUGUCUAGUGGCCAUUGAUGGAACUGCACUUUAAACUACUUCUUAACAACAUCUCAUGAUUCAACAUCAGUUUGACUUUGACUUUUAUCAACUCAACAAUCGUUUAAACUACUAUUUAAAGGUACAGUUUAAUUUCUCUCAAAGUUAAUGUUCAGGAGUUUACCUUAGCUUAGCAUAAAGACGAGAAACAAACUGUUAGCCUCGCUCAAACAAACCAAAGUCCUCUUCUAUCUUCAUAAAACCUAAGUUUCUUUCAGGAAACAGUCUGGAACAUAUAACAUCAGAACAUAUUCUCACAUAUGUCUGUCCGAAUGUUCAGUUUUAACGAGGAAGACAAAUACAGCAAUAUUUUUUACACAACGGGAAAGCAUAAAUAGUUCAAAUACAUCGCUUUAUUUUUCUUCUGCUGUUAGUUUUGUGCGUCUCGAUCUACUGAGUUAGAAAACGUUUUUGUCAUUCAGCUGCAACACCAGGACCAAAUCCCAUAAUCCUAGCUACCAAAGUGCAAUGUGCAUAGAUGCUACCAGGAACUUUAUUAAGUACAGUAAUCCUACAAUAGCAAUGCUUUUCAAAUAAGAUAAUAACUGAGUCUUUAGCAGCAGUUGUUUGUUUAAGAGACUAUUCUGUCCUUAGUGUACGCUUGUAUGUAAAGGAGUUCAGAGGUCUUACAGUCUGGAAGAAGAUGAAGUCGUUUUCCAUUGCAGGAACUUAUGGGCCAUGUUAAGACAACCUGAACAUGUUCCCACCAUGAUUAUCAUCCCGGCAGAACCUCUUUUAGGGCUGUUGUCAAGACAGUAGGUACUCAUGACCAGCUCUGAAAAACUCCUUGGCAGGCGACAACUUUCCCGCCCUUGUAGAAUAGAAAUCUUUUCAUUGCCAUCCACAAUUAAGCAAACAGGUUAACAUAACAAACCUUAAUUUUUCUACUACCGAUAUGCCCCUAGAACUGGAAGUAGCUCCAGUAACUACUGUAUGUUGUUGUUUUGGCAUAUUUGGAGUUAACGCUGUAGGUGAAGUUUUUCCGUCUUACAACACAGAGGAACCAGAAAGGUUGAAAGGGCAGAUUAGGUAGCAACUCCUGUAAACACUACUUGACAUCUUCCACAAAUUCCUGCAGUGGAAAGCUACCGAUCCAGAGUUCAGAACAGAAGUCUUGCAUCCCAAAAAAGGAAACUCUUACAUAAGGUGAAGUUCCACUGAAAGAAUGUGCAUGAACUGUGAAUCAAUAGAUUUUUGCUGAUAUGUUUAAUCUACUAAAAACAUAUUAACCAAUAAGCCAGAAGAAGAAAGAUAUUGAGAAGUUGUAGUACCUGGUUGCAGCACCAGUUGAAGCCUUGCACUGUGUAAUGCUGCAAUGACCCAAGAAGGUGGUCACUAGAACUACCAGCCGCUCCAUGUUGGUACCACUGAGCAUUGGGGGAGUCUAGCUAUCAUGAGAAAGCGUCUGGUGCUGGCUAAUGCCAACCAGUCAACGCUCACAUGUUGUUGGAAGGCUUCAUCGUGGGAUAGUGGCAGAUCUAUGCCAGUAGAGCAGUUAAUGUCACAGACAUAACUGUGUUCAAAGCAGUUUCAACAGAACAAGGAGUGAUGUCAAUGGAGUCCCUAGCAUGAAUCUUUGCCCUGACCCCUUGUAGGGGGAUGUUUAGAUGAGAAAUACUUCGAUCCAUUGUUUUGGCACAUUCGAAGUUAAAGUCUCAGUCAAAGCAUCGUAUCCUACACCACAGUGGAAACAGAGAGGUUGAUGCCAAUUACAGUUUCUGUCCUGUAAACAUUGACGUCUGCCCCGAGUUCCUGCAGUAGAAAGCUUCAUAGUCUGGCUCUAAUCAGGGUUUUUCAUGGCAUCCCCAAAAAGUCCACUCUGAGCCAGGAAAAACCCUGGUUCCAGUACCUUUUUCCAGAGGGAAGCAGGUUAAACUGUUCGUGAUGGUGAUGAGAGAACUCUGUGAUAAUCCCUGAGGCUUUCCUUAAGCAGCGUUGGUACAGGUCAUUGUAAAGUGGAGGCAAGGUUCCCAUGGUUCUCUGCAUUGUUUUGAAUGAGACGCUGCAGCUUUCAUAUAAUACUCUCCAUGGCACCUCUAUAGAGACAGGAAGGGAGAGGAAGGAAUACAAGCACUACUGUACUUUCUUCACUAGCAAACAGUAAAUCUCUUUUAUUUGAUUGGCAUUUGAUUGCCCCAGGCCAGAAGUUGGCUCACUUAUUUUUCAUUGCUGAUCAGAACCACCACUGUUGUGUUGUUCACAUGUGAUACACAACAUUUGUGUUUCAUUGUGGUUAACGGCGAUGGACUGAGGACACAGUCUGGGCACGGAGUCCCAGUGAGCCUAGUUUAGAUGUCCAUGUUUGAUCAUGAAGUUUGAGUGUUUCAAUCCUUUGUAUUUUUAUCCGACAAUGAGUGAGACCAGACCGAGAUACCGGAGGGUGAAUGUCUGAAGAGUAGCGACUAUUGAUUACAAAUUUGAUGCUUAGAGUUGAAAAAUGGAGGUCCGAUCUGCGGGUUAGCAAUCAUGCUAACAGUUCUAAUUGUGCAAUAGAAAUUCUUGCAGUGAAAAUGUAUCCUGUAAAGCACUCUAUGUUCAUGUUAACCAAUCAUGUUUUGUGUUGCCUUAUCAAUAAAGUUUUUGAACAAAAGACA